GAAAGGGGCAGGGCUCGGGAGCCCGAGGCGCCCCCGGCACGGGGGAGUGCGUGUGUGGCGUGUGUGUGUGCGGGGGGCCCCCCGCCGCCCCCCGCCGCACCGCACCGCAGCGUGCGGGCGCCGAGCGCGAUGCGCCCCGCGCUGAGCUCUGCGGAAUAGCGCUGCCGCCGCUCGCCGUCCGCGGGCCGGGGGCGGACGGACCCGACCGCUGGCAAGCCCCUCUUGAUGUCCAUGAAUGCAAACACCAUGAUUUUCAUGAUCCUGGGCGCCUCUAUCGUUAUGAGUUGACCAGAUGCCUUGGUUGUGGGCUCUUACAGGCAAUAGCUUGCUUGAUGGACAUGAAUGCGUUGUUGGACAGAUUUCACAAUUACAUCCUACCACAUCUCAGAGGGGAGGACCGAGUUUGUCACUGCAACUGUGGAAGGCACCACGUCCACUACGUUAUCCCGUACGAUGGGGACCAGUCAGUGGUGGACUCCUCAGAGAAUUACUUUGUGACUGACAAUGUCACCAAGCAGGAGAUUGAUCUGAUGCUGGGACUUUUGCUGGGCUUUUGUAUAAGCUGGUUUCUGGUGUGGAUGGAUGGGGUCCUCCACUACGCAGUGCGAGCCUGGAGAACCAGCCGACGGUAUGACAAUUCCUGGUCUUGGAUCCCCAAGUUCUGUAACUUGAAGGAGUUCAGGAAGCGUCACCCCCGGCAGUACGAGGAGGCCACCGGCAACAUGGUGCACAUCAAACAGAAGCUGUACCACAACGGCCACCCCAGCCCACGGCACCUCUGAGGAAUGCCCUCCCCCUCCAGAGACUGCAGUGAGCUUUUAAACCCAGGACUCUGCUCUGCUCUGCUCCCAGGGGAACAGCUGCUGGUUUGCUCCUCCGCGGGAGCCGGCCGAGGACAGCGCUUUCCUCCACCCACCCUGUGCGUGGCCCUGGGGCACACCACGAGGCACAACUCGGCCAGUCCUGGAUGCUAGGCAGCCAAGACAUUGCACUGUGGUCCACAUUUUAUUGUCAGACUCGUGUAUAUAUGUAAAAAACA